UGAAUGUUGAGUGGCUUAUUCGUUUCAGUCGCUACUCCGCACUAGGAUGUCCACAAAUACAGGGUCUAGCGAUUUAUUUUCAACCUUUUACGAGGAGGUGAAGGCGAUUGAAAAACGAGAUUCUGUCUUAACACCUAAACAACAAAUAGACAGACUCAAUCGACCUGGUUCUACCUACUUCAAUCUAAAUCCAUAUGAUGUAUUACAAGUUGAUCCUGAUACCUCAAUGGCUGAUAUCAAAAAGAAGUACAGACAGUUGUCACUGCUGGUUCACCCUGAUAAAAAUCCUGACGAUACUGAACGAUCUCAAAAAGCUUUCGAAGCUGUAAACAAAGCGUAUAAAGCCUUGGAUGAUCCAGAAACUUGUCGCAAAUGCAAAGAAGUGGUGGAAGAAGCUAAAGAACUAGUUGAACAAAUGAUGAUUGAAAAAAGAAAACGUCUUAAAAAGUCAGGUGGUCCGACGACGAUCGAAGAAGAUGAUCCAGACAAGCAUCGACACGCUAUUUAUGUACAAACAUGCAAAUUGUUUGCAGAUCUUGAGAGAUUGAGAGUAGAAGAAGAAUUGAAACAGUCAUCUGAUAGGAAGCGUAAAGCUGAACAAGAAGCCGAAGAGAAGAAACUCGUCGAGUAUGAUAAGAUAUGGAGGAAGAACUAUGAAGAAAGCCGCAGUAAUCGUGUUGCUAGUUGGCGAGAUUUUAAAGAAAAGAAAUCGAAAACAUCAAAGGGUAUUGGGGGAUUGAGACCGCCUAAAACAAAGAUGGAACAGCGUCCAAUGUAAUCACAAUCGGUCAAUCAAUCAUUCAAGUGAAUUCUGUGAGAAAAUAAAAGGUGUAUUUUCGUCCUUCUCCUUCCCGAAAAUGGACGGACUUUCUGUAAAAAAGGAACCAUUCUUCCCCCUCUCUCUUUUAUGCAUUCAAAUUUUGCCCAUUUCAUUUAACCUGUAUAUGUUGUGUGUGUGUGUGUGUUAUCCCAGAAAAUUAUAACAAAAAAAAUACGCUUCUUUUUAUCAUAUCAA